AUGUGCUCCUGGAUGAUGAGCUGCUGCUUAGCCCUUCAGCACCUGGCUGUGCAGACCUCCUUGCUCUGCAUCUUCCACCUCCUCCUGCUGCCCACCCUGCCCCAGGAGCCUCCUCAUGCCCACACCACCAGCAAGCUGCUGGCACGAAGCCUCUUUGCCUGCGGUAUCUCCACAGUGCUGCAGACCACCCUGGGGAGCCGGUUGCCGCUGGUUCAAAUCCCAUCCUUUGAGUACCUGGUCCCUGCCAUGGUGCUGAGCUCCCACCUGUCCCCUGGUGCCAGCACAGACAGGAAUGGCACAGCCAUGGCCAGUACAUGCCUUGUACCUCAUUGCAGAGACACAGGGAGCUGGGCUGACUCACUGCAGGAGGUCUCUGGAGCAGUGCUGAUCUCUGGGCUGAUUCAGCUGGCACUGGGAGUGUCUGGCGUGUGUGGGUGGGCAGCGCGGCACUGCGGGCCCAUGGUCCUGGCCCCCAGCCUCUCCAUCAUCGGGCUGUCCGCAUACAAGGAAGCUGCUUUCUUCUGCUCCACCAGCUGGGGAGUAGCACUGCUGCUCAUGCUCCUCGCUGUCACCUUCUCCCAACACCUGCGGUCCUGCCGCCUGCCCUUCUGUGCCUGGCCCCAUGCCUGGGAGGGCUCCACAGAGUAUUCAGCUCCCACCCUGCGCACAUUCUCGGUACUGCUCCCAUUUGCUGGUGUCUGCAUUGUCUGUGCCAUCCUCAGCUACUUCCACAUUCCCUGGGAAUCACUGGAUGUGACCAUGGGACAGUCCUGGGCCAACAGCACCUCCAAUGCCCCUUGGAUUCACAUCCCCUAUGCAGGAGCGUGGAGGUGGCCGCUGCUCACAGCCCGGGCGCUGGCAGUGGGCAUUGCCAUGGCCAUGGGCUGCAGCAUGAACUCCGUGGGCUGCUACGUGCUGUGCGGGAGGCUGCUGCGAGCCCCCCGGCUGCCCCCUCACGCCUGUAACCGGGGGCUGUGCAUGGAAGGGCUGGGCAGCCUCCUGGCGGGACUGCUGGGCAGCGCGGGGGGCACGGCCUCCAGCAUUGCAAACACCUGCGCCGCUGGCCUCACGCAGGCUGGCUCUCAUCGCUCAGUGCAAGUAAGCGCCCUGCUGUGCAUGCUGCUGGGCCUGUCCCCGAGGCUGGCAGGGCUCCUCACCCAUGUGCCACUGGCAGUUCACGGAGGGGUGCUUUGUGUAACCUACGCCGUGGCUGUGGGCACGGGGAUCUCCUACUUCCAGUACACAGACAUUGACUCAGGGAGGAACAUCUUCAUUGUUGGCUUUGCCAUGUUCAUGGCACUGCUGGUACCGCGCUGGUUCGGCACGGCUCUGGCUCCCCUGGCCACAGGCUGGGUGCCACUGGACCUCCUCUUCCUCUCCCUGUUUAUGGUCCCUGUCUUCUUAACUGGCUUCUUGUCAUUUUUUCUGGACAACACAGUCUCAGGAACACUGGAGGAACGAGGACUGCUUUCUGAGCAGCCAUGGAAAGCCAGAGCUGGAGACUGUCACCUCCACGGAGAGAGAGGGGAAGCCCGCCAAGCAUAUAAGCUCCCUGCUGGGCUAAGGAGGCUGCUGCCAUCUUCCUGCAAUGCCUUUCUAUGCUGCUUCCUCUGCCCAAGGAGUGAGGAAGAGGAGGAGGGCAGCUGUGCCACUGAGGAGGAGACUGCUGGCCCGGGGGAAGGGACACACCUGCUCCCCAAACCCAGCUCUGGGGACCUGCAGCCAGCAAUAAGACCAAGCCAGACAGACAUGCCUGCAUGGCACACUGUGGCCUGA